CGAACCAUUGCACCAUGAACUACUCUACGUUGCAACACAUUCUGAUAGUUAUACCUUUCCUGUUGUUUCUCAUGGAUAUCUGUGAGUCCAGGCCUUGGUGGCCAUCAAACGAAGCUGGUUAUGAUGCCAGUUUGGAUCCCGUGGCCUGGUCAAGAUCUUUUGCCCCCGAACAAGUGAGGAAAACCCGAUAUAAUGUCCUCGCGGAACCCAGAAGCAAACAUCGCCAUCGGCAAUCAUCGAAACUUUAUUACCAAAAGCCCGUGACUUCGUAUCCCGAACACUUUGUGAAUGCAAAAUACUACAAGAGAUUCCUAAGAAGACGACAAAAACUGGCAGCACGUGAGAGAUACGCACACUGGAGUCAAUAGUCCCUUAUGAUUCAUAACCAUUAGGUGCUAAGCAAAUCUUUAUUUCUAGUAAUUAGCAUAAUAAACAAAAGACUUAAGACACAAACGAGAUGGUUUUACUUUUAGAUGGAUUCGCUACGAUUAGCAGGAGUUCUAAAUAAGU